AUGACAGAUAUGAGCAGGCAGCAGCCGAGUCAACACCCUAAGAAGUCUCAACAAGUCAUGCCUGGUGCUCUUACGACACUGGAACCUGUUGCUUGUCCGGACGAUGAAGACAGCAGUGAGGAGUUUGAGUUGCCGUCCAACUCGAGUACUCCCAACUUGUCGGAAGCCAUGGAGAACAUCAAGCGUUCAAUGAGUUUCACUACGUUUCAGCAAAUAUCUUCGAAGCCACCGGGAGAAGUGCGUCGUCAGAUUCAAAAAAAGCUGUGGCGGCCUCAUGACGAUGAAACCAAAAUUCCUAAUGACUGGGAGCGCUUGAUGGUCCAUGUCAUUCGCGCUGCAAGCCGUGCAUUUACGCUUGCAUAUGGUAUUCGAAGCUCUUUGGAGUUUUUGUUUGUGUUCAUCAAGGUGCUUCGUUCGCGCAAGCCCAUCAAGAAGAGUGAUCUCAAGGCCGCCUUUGUCGGGGAACGGACAGUGCGAUUUGCCCUCACGUUCGGCGCUUGGGCUGCCAUAUACAAGUUUACAAACAAUGCUUUGCGUCUUUUAACAACCCCGACGCGUAGUGCUCGUCCAUUGGGUGCACGUCGCUCACGGUCUGUCCCUGAGGGCUCAAUGAAAGUCGAUGACAAUGGCGAACUGACACUUAUGACAAAAGAGAAAUCGAACGUUCAAAAGAAGAAGGCGGUAUGGAAGCAUAUCUCUGCUUAUGACCCCCGCGCCCGUAAGUGGCAUGCAUACCUUGCUGGAGCUGUAUCGUCGUUGGCACUACUUAUAGAAAGCCGCGAAUUCACGCGUUCUUUUGGUCUUCAGGUUUUCGUGCGUGGUAUGGAAGGCGUGUGUCAAUUGGCGAGCCGGGCGGGUUACAUUAACAUUCCCUAUGCGUCAAUUCUUAUUUUUGGUCUGGCCAAUGUACAGAUUAUGAUUGCAUGGCUCGGCUCACCUCAUCUUCUCGAGCGCUCGUAUAAAAACUGGAUUGACAAGGCUUCUAGUGUACCAAAACCAGCUUUGGAGCUUUAUCGACAGUCAGUGAAUGGAGGAAUGAGCCCUUGGGACAUGGUGACUCUAUUCGGCGGAGUGGUUCCCGAGCCCGUUAGCACGAAUCCAGUCAAGUUCGCAGACCUCCCACCCAACAAAUAUGCUUUAUACGGAGUGUCGGGCGACGUGCUGGCAAAAGUGCAUCGAUGGAUUGAGCACGGAAAUCCGCCACGUUAUGCAACAUGCGCUAUCCAGCAUCCCCAAACGACAAAUCACUUGUUUGCAUCCGUGCGCAAUUUUGUUGCAACAUGGAAAUUUGUCAUGCCAGUGUAUCUAACUCUUUAUGUUGUUCCUACAGUCUUUUUGCGACCAAAGGCUCUCAGGAAAGCACCAGCAGAAACAAUCAUGCGCAGUUUGCUCGGCGCAUCCCGCUCAUCGUCUUUCUUAGCCGUGUAUGUGUUCAUUGUCAAGUCCAUGUUCUGCCUUGUGCACGUGUUGGCGGAUGGAAUCUCAUACAGCCGGCUUAAUGACAUUCCUUUCAUGCGCCGUGUGUCGGAGCUGCUUAUUGACAACCGCAUGAAGGGGUUGGGUGGCUUUCUGUCAUGUCUCUCGCUCUUCAUUGAAGAUCGCCGCCGCCGGAAGGAGCUAACACUCUAUGUGCUUCCCAAAGCUCUCGAGUCAUUUUGGGCAACUGGCCGCAUUGUUGGUUAUAUUCCUCACGUUCCAUUAGGAGAGUAUAUUAUGGCGGCGACAGGCUUGUCCAUGCUAAUGGGUUCUUAUGCUCAGAAUCCAGACAACCUAUCCAAGCUGGUAUCGUUGAUUAUCUAUCAAUUCAUCGGUCGCAAUUAA